AUGAGCAAACGACCAAGAAUCUUCUCGUGGGCUCAAUUCAACCUCGCCCGGUUGCUGCAGCUGGCAGAAGCGCUCCAUGGCCGGCCUUGCCACUGCGACCAGGACCAGCGACCGAUGAGCGGCGCCAUGAACUGGGCCAUCAAGAUUCAGUUUGACGACGACGAGAGAAUGGAAUGGAUUUUCCGGUCGCCGCUGCCCCGGGUAUGUCCUGACGACAUAGCUGGUGCUCUUCUCGCGAGCGAGGUGGCCACGAUCCAGUGCAUUGCAGAACGGACCACGGUGCCCGUGCCGACCAUUUUUGCCUUUUGUGCUCACAGCGACAACGACAUCGGUGUGCCGUACAUUUUGCAGAGCAAGGCAACGGGCACGUCCCUCAUUGACUACAGCAUACGAGAAGCGACCGGCGCAGGUCCGGGCUUGACGGACGACCAGCGGGCUACGAUCAUGGGGCAGCUGGGCGCGUUUGCACGGCAGAUGGCGCAGGUCCGAUUUCCCAAGAUUGGCUCCCUGGUUCGGGAUUCGGCACAAAGCGACUACAGCGUCGGUCCCUGCUUGGCGCCAGCCUUUGUUUGGGGUGAGCGUCACCUUCUGGACGACCUGGACCGGGGGCCCUUUGACAGCCCGAGAGGCUACUUUGACACGCUCGCCGAGGCCCUCUCGCGCCAUGCACAGGAGCUGGGCAUGGACUACCACGCACUGCUCGCGCCUCUGCCCAGAGACGACGAUUACAUGGACAGAGAAGCGAGACGUUUUGCGGGGCGGCGGUGGAACCACUUUGUGUCGGUCCGGGACAAGAUUGACCACAGCCGCAACCGAUUCGCGUACUGCAUGGCCGCCAACAUCCUGCGGGAGACUGUCGUGCCGUAUUUGUGCUGUGCGGAUGGCGGCAGCACGGACGCGAGCGGAUAUCCCCUCAUCCAUCCCGACCUCAAUGUGGGCAACAUCUUUGUCGACGACGUCAUGAAUGUGACGUGCAUCAUCGACUGGAGCUCGGCGACAACAGCCCCACUGUUGGAACUUCUGGCUGCACCGCGGCUGUGGGGCUAUAUGGAAGUCGUGCCACGGUUAUUUGACACGUACCGGGACGCUGUUCACGCCGCCUUGCCGACCCAGCAUCGAAAAACCAAUGUGGAAAAGAAUGCACAUGAGGGCCGAAAAGACGACGAAGAAGAAGUAUUUUGGGCCCGCGCAAGCACGGCUCUUGUCUUUCAGCGGCUGACGCGCUUCUGCUCCUCACACGACUACAAAGAUUUCGUGACUUGCAUCCAACGAGCAAAAGCGGCUGCGGACAAGGCCGCUGCGGCCACGAUAAACACUGAUGUCGUUCUCAAUCUGUUGGAAGAAGAGGCGCGGCGGGACGCCAACAAGACACUGCUGGCGGAGCUGCAAGACGACGAUCCACCCCCCGGCACGGCUGACGUACAAGACCGCGUUGGGUUCUUUGACGGCGAUCGACGGGCGGAGACGAACAACUUGGCCGUCGCGCGGAAACUCACAGUGAUGUGGCAGAUGAACCCGCGCUUCGUCGCCGACGCCAGACUGUGGACAUGGCUGCUGAAGGCGUUGGGAGACAUAAAAGCAAGCAGUGAUGAUAUACAGGACGCGAAGUCUGAGGACGGUAAUGCGGGCGGGAGAGGGAGAACGCAGACAACAAACUAG